UCUAAGUGGUUGAAUUGGAUAGUAAAUUUAUUAAUUUUAACAAAAAGUGACUCUUAAAAUGAGGUUCAAGACGACAACAUUUUGUAUAGGGCUUUGCAUCGUACUAAUAGUAAAUCAAGCCUCUUCGGAAAGCGUAAAAGAAUUGGUUGAUGAAAUUGCCUUACCCGUUUCUCUUAAACUUCUACCUGCCUUCUUCAUACCACCACCGGCAGGGCCCAUAAUUACUGCUGGGUUGAGUGUGUUGCAGAUUGCUUCUAACUUGCUUAAGCCCUCAAAAAAUGACAAUGCUAAACCAGUAGCCGAAAACCCAAUUACCAAAUUAGACCUGAUGGAAAUACGAACGGUUAUUUUAGACCAUAUCAAAACAUUGGACACACACAUUCUUGUGGAGUCUGCCAGAAUAAUUCGUGAAUUAACAAUGGCCAUCGAGUCAAAUGGAUUCUUUGAAGAUUUGCGUGAAACUGUUGACUAUCUUCAGAGGACAUUUACGGAUAUGAUGGAUACUGUGGUUGAUCCAAAAAUAAAUGGAACACAAAAGAAUCUUAUCCUUAACGAUAUGUUAAAUUACAGUAGUGACUAUAGAUACAAAUUGAGAUCGUUCAUAAGUAAAUUCAUAAGACCAAAUGUCAAUGAACUGAUGUUAAUUAAACCAGCUAAAUUAUUCUACGAUUUUAUAUUGGAAAAGGAAGGUUAUUUGGCUGCUGACGAUGACGAUUGUACUGCGGAUUCAAUGCACAAUAAAAUUUACAAAUCUUUUAUCUUAUUGCUUAAAGUUCUAACUGAUGGCUAUAGUAUGGCUGUAUCGGCUCACAUUAUAAAAUAUCAAGAAGAAUCCAAGAAUAACAAUUUUGCAGAAGCCGAAAAUAUCGGGAAAAAUGCCUUUGCACUCAUCAAUGAAUACAAGAAUGAUACAAAAACUCUGAUCGAAGCUACAAAAUGGGCUUUAAAUAAGGCUUCUCGGGUUAUUCGAAAUUGUGGAACAUUCGAUUUGGAAGCAGGGAAAACCUUUGAGAGAGUAGGAUUUAGCUACACACUUCCUAAAAUUUACUACCUUGUGUACAUGGAUGUUUUCUAUUACAAAUGCAAGAAUGAACAAUCUUUUACAAAUUUGAAGCAAUAUGAAUUUGGAAAUUGUAGCAGUUACACUGAUUCUAUUCCAUUCGGUUCCCAAUUAACUAUACCUCUUGAUCUUAAGCAACGUUAUGAUGACAGGGGUCCUUUGAAUUAUAUGAAAGUCGUUAAACCAGAUGGCGGUGAAGAAUUAUUUGGACAUGGUAAAAAAGGUGCAGGAAUUCAAUAUUCUUUCAAAACUCAUCCGGAAUGUUUCACAACCUUCUGCACAACAUACAAAAAAUAUGAAUACGCCAUUUCUACGCAACGUGUUCGAGCUGGACCUGGCAACGUCAUCACUGGACUGCGUUUUAGAGUUAGAAAUAAAAUAAUCUAUCUAGAUAUUCAGCAAGGAAAGUACUUGAAUGUACUCUCUGUUGACCCCGAAACAGUGUAUUGGACAGAAACUCCGGAAUCAGAUCAGAUUCAAUACUUGGACUCUGAACUUAAUAAAUUCGAGUUGGGUGACUUUAAAUUGCAGAACAACAGUUUAUUAAGGUCUGUUCAACUUAAACCAGGCGUCGUUCACAAGGGACUUAUAAGAUUGCUUAUUGAUGGAUUAACUCCUCCUUAUAUGAAUAAUACUAAUUCAACGAGACCUAAAAAUGGUGAAUUCGAAAUACAUGAACUUGAACUCUUCAAUGCUGAUAAUCCAACAGAAAUGGGAAAUAUCAGCACUAAAAACAUAAUUUCAAAACCUCCUGUCGCUGAUAAACGCUACUAUGUCGAAUUCCAGCCAUCUGAUUUCAGAAAAGAUUUCGGUCAAUCAACAAUUCCUCUUUUGGACAUCAGAGAUGUUUCUUCCAAUCCACCAGUACCAUUGAAUGGUAUUGGAUUGUAUCAUGAAGCUGUGAAAGGGUCUGGUGGGCUAAUAGCUAUAAAAUUGAUCACACCAAAUAUGACAACACUCUUUGAUUCUUUGGACAAUCUCAUUUAGAUAGGAGAUAUUUAUAAAAAAAAAGUUAGAUUCAUUUUGAUCUAUCUUUGGUAGUUAAAAUUUUAAUUAAAAAAUUGUCUGUACUUUAACUGUAUGAAACUUUCGAAAUUACUUCAAGCCCAUACUAAAGUAGUUGAACUAUCUUCAUUGGAUAUUAGUUUUAUUUAAAGACAAUUUUUUGCGCUGAUUCAUUGAUUUUAAAGUAAAAAAGAGGAUUUUAAAAUGUGUUUAAAAUAUAUAUCGAGGUGGAAAACAACAUUUAAAAAAAUCCUUCAAAAACCGUCCAAAUGUUCAUAUUUUUGAUAUGUUAAACACAAAUUAAAGUUAAAUAUAUUUAAGAAUAAAAGAACGCAUUAUCAGUUGUUACAGAAUAAAGAUAUUUGUAUCUUUUAGUUUCUUUUUGAAAACCAAAUAUCAAUAUUUACACAAUUGUUGUUUUUUUAAGUAGACAAAAGACGCAAA